AUGACUCACCUCAUGCGUGCUAGCAGCGACGACCAAGUACUAUUCUCGUGUGAAGACUCGCAGGAACAAGAAAGAACCAGGGGCUUUAACCCUAUUUAUACCAGACAAUGUCUUUCAGAGAAGGGGGUGGUGGAGGUGACAGAAACAGCAGGGGAGGGGGUGGCGGCUUCGGUCGAGGGGGGUGGCGGCGGUGGCUUCAGAGGAGGAGGCAGAGGCUUCAGCAGAGAGGGCGGCGGCGGAGGCUUCAGAGGAGGAGGUGGCAGAGGCUUCAGCAGGGAGGGUGGUGGUGGCGGCGGUGGCUUCAGAGGAGGAGGCAGAGGCUUCAGCAGAGGAGGAGGAGGCAGAGGAUUUGGAAGAAAUAGUUUUGGUAAUCGAGGAUUCGAUGAUGGGCCUCCAGAUGAGGUGGUUCCCUUGGGAUACUUCUCACACCCGUGCCAAGACGACCUGGUGUGCAAGGUGGAGAUAGAGGACGUCCCCUUCUUCAACGCUCCCAUCUAUCUGGAGAACAAGGAACAGAUUGGCAAAGUUGAUGAGAUUUUUGGCAGCAUCAGAGACUACUAUGUUUCAGUCAAACUAGGGGAAGAUAUGAAGGCAAAGUCAUUCAAAAAGUUGCAGAAGCUGUUCAUCAACCCCGCCAAGCUGCUCCCUCUGAAGAGGUUCCUGCCGGCACCCCCGGGCACGGUCAAGAGGGGUGGUGUUGGGGGCGGAAGGGGUGGUUUCGGUGGCCGGGGAGGCGGGCGAGGUGGACGUGGGGGUGGCUUCAGGGGGAGGGGCGGCGGUGGGUUUCGUGGGAGAGGGGGAGGUGGGUUUCGAGGAAGAGGGGGAGGCGAUAGGGGUGGUUUUCGUGGAAGGGGUCGAGGUGGGGGAAACAGAAGUUGAGGCUUUUGUGUGCCUUGAAACGUCAAAACAAAUUAUUGAGAAAAUGUAUCACGACUUUGUUGACAGUAAAUUACUAAUGCUGUGUUAAUUUAACAUUUUAAAAUAUUUUUGUGUAAUGUUUCUGUCACAGCUAAAUUUAUAUGUCCAGUGUGUAGUAUGUGCAAAAAUUGAGUAAAACCAUUUUUUUACUAUUAAUUUGUUUGAUUAAAUGACAAAUAUCAUGGAUAUUUGUAAGACUUCUGAUUUUGGCACUGACCAAAAAUUAUUUGAGUGAAAGCUGUAAAAUAUUAUGCUAACGAAAGUCAGUUUAAAGUACUUUUCACUACUAUGAACAGUGAAAUUGGUCCUGGCUAAAUGCAGUACGUUCUAGUGAAAAAAAAUUUCAAUAUUAUAAACUUUUGUAAAGAUUCAUAAGAUUCAGACAGAUAAACUGUAUUUACACAAAAGUUACAAAACUAUUUGUUUUGAAAGUUUACACCAUAAAGGCUACAAUCCAAAUGAACUGACCAGUUGUGUACAAAUUCCAUGUUUGUUGGAGAGACACUUGGAAGUAUUACGCUGUGGUGCACAUUAAUGAACAUAUUUGCAAAAGUUCCACAUACAAUGUAUGUAUGUAUGUAUGUGUGUUUUGUUCGCUUCAUGCACAAAGAGAGAAGCAAUCUUUUCAAAGCAGACAAUGUUUUU